AUGGAUUCUCAGGAUCCUGAAUCGCAAAAUGAACCAUCAGAGAUCCUUGGAAAUGGGUUGAAAUGGAAAUCGUUGGAGAUUCCACUCGACUUGAUGUCUGAGGGUCUGUUUUCACUGGAGGUACUAGAAGAAUCCGAUUUAUCGCCUCCUAGAACCAAAGAAAAGAAAAGUAAAAAGAGAAAGAUAUCUAACAAGGAAGAAUCUAUCCUAAAACCUACACCAGAGCCCACUGAUGAAGAAAUUCUUAGGGAUACUUCGGAUUGGGUGCAACUCGCUGAACCAGACCAUCCAAUUCCAAUAGCUGUAUUGAGGAAUCUGUGCAAAAAUGAUAUGGUGUCUCCAACCGACAUCCAGAGACUCACUCUCAAACCAUCACUGGUGGAGAAUAAUGACAUUGUGAUAUCCUCAGAAACAGGUUCCGGGAAGACGUUGGCAUUUGUACUACCUAUUGUACUUUCUCUGCUUUCCAAUAGAAGUGAGGAUGUUAUAGAAUCUCUGGUCUUGCUCCCUACCAGAGAGCUCGCUAUUCAAGUAAAAAACAUCUUCAUUUCUAUCGUAGAGAAUACAAUUUUACGGGUGGUCCCAAUCAUUGGUGGUAUUUCUGUUCAAAAACAAACUCGUCUACUGAAGAAAAACCCAGCAAUUGUGGUUGCAACACCUGGUAGGAUAGCAGAAUUCAUUGAGGAAGAAACGGAAAAAAAACCAUUUGAACUUAAGUUCCUGGUUUUAGAUGAAGCAGAUAGAUUUGUUGAAGAUAAUUCAUUCAGAGAACUUCAAAAAAUUGUUUCUCAUGUUCAAAAACCAAAAAUGCGCAACUUCAUAUGUUCAGCUACCAUAUUAAGAAUGAAUUCUAAUUUGAUCUCAUUAUUUAAGUUAUUGAAGAUGAAAAACCCCGUGACCUGUGUAGUAUCAGAUCGCCAGCAGGUUGCUCUUCCUUACGAUGAAUUAAUAAGCACCGGAGCACUUUACAAAAACAGCUCUGAUAUUAAAACUUCAAUGCCAGAAAAUUUGACUUUCAAGGUGAUAAAAACCCUUGAGAAUGAUAAGGAACUGAAAUUGAUAGCAUGCCUUGUCGAUCAUCUAUCGCAAACUGAAAAUAGCAGAUGUCUUAUAUUUGUUAAUACUAUAAGCUAUGUAUAUAGAUUGGAGGCUCUUCUGAGCCUAAUACUUUGGAAAGACAAACAUGAACUGAGAAUCGCAAAAUCCCACUGCGUAACACUGAAUAAACCCACAAUUGUAGACUAUGUUACUAGUCUUCAUUCUAGACUGAAACAAAAGCAAAGACUAAAAAGACUAGAAAAAUUUACUACACACAAGAGGGCUAUACUAAUAUGUACUGAUGUGGCCUCAAGAGGAAUUGACUUGCCAGAUAUUGAUACCGUAGUUCAUUUCCAAGUUCCAAAAAGUAAUUCUAUUUUUGUGCACAGAUCUGGAAGAACAGCACGUUUGCAGUCACACGGUAUCUUUGUAUGUUACCUCCACAAAAUGCAUUCAGGUGUUUCAAUUUGUAUAUGUUCAUGUAACGAUAUGGAUGCAUGGAAGAAGUUGUUUGCGGAUAUAAAGAAGGAUAUCAAUCACGUUGAACCUCUGUUGGAUUGCGUACCCCCAAAACUUUACCAACGCUAUAAAACGUUGCUAACACUUGCAAACGAUAUAGAACAAGAAGAACAUAAGUUCUCCAAGGAAACUAAAAUUGACUCCUGGUUUGAAAAGGCCGCAAGGGAAGCGGAUAUAGAACUUAGUGAUUAUGAAAAUGAAGCUGAAGCAUCGGCGAAACGAUCAAAAAAGUACAAGUCCAUGAAAUCUGGAAAACGAAAGCUCUUGGAGAUUCGUUCCGAACUUGGAAUGCGCCAAUAA